GCAGUGAUCAUCUACAUGUAGGCUAUAGGAAAUUGAAACGCAUUGAUGUAUUUAAGAUUGUCUAACUUCGGCGGACAAGAAUUGCAGAUGAACCGAUGAGUGAAAUACUGAGUUGACUUCUUCAAAUCUUCUGAAUCUCGGUUGGAUCAUUUAACGACAAUUCAUUAUUGACCCGUCAUUUUUGAGGAUUAAAUCCAUGAGAGGGUAGUUGCAAUAUUCCUCUAGUGUUUAGUAAGCUAAAUCGCCAAUUCCCUAUCGAUACCACUAUGUCUGAAUCAACUGAGAAGCAACCGCCACCAGAAAGCUCCAAUCCAAAUGGCCCGUCUGCUGAGGAUAUAUCAAGAGUUAUGAACAUUGACUGGUUAAAAACUAUCCCAGGAAUUCUCAAAGCUUGGCAAGUGGUGCUCGGCAUUAUCGUCUUAGCGUGUGUUGGCUCUAGGUACUUCGUCGGCGGCCAUCAGUUCUUCCUGUUCGUCGCCAGCGUCUGUUUCAUAGGCUCCACUUUACUGUUCCUCUUCUAUCUGUUCCGCAUCACGGAGAAGCUGACAUUGCCAUGGACCUUCAUUGACCUAAUCUACAGUGCCGGUGGAACCCUCCUCUACUUCAUCGCCUCAAUCGUACUCGCUGUGUUCACCUAUGGUUUGGGAAACCUCAUUGCAGGAACAGUAUUUUCCUUCAUGCAACUUGGCUGCUUUGGAAUAUCCACAUUUUUCCUUUUCCAAGACUGGAGGGCGAACUCAGAGGCAUCAAACAAACCAAAUGUAUAGACGUAAAAAUAGUCUCGCACGUACCCGGUGUCAUGAGAAGUAUUUCCCCUUGAAGAUUAUACAGUAUCCCCCUCUGCUGUGCUGCCCAAUAAGCCCCUGAUUGAUUAUAAAAUAAAUGAAAAAAUAUUGUAAUUGGAUCAUCUAAAAGUAAUUAAAUGAGAGGACAAUGUUUAGACUAGGAUCCAAAAUACAUUUACACUGUGUGUGACAGUGAUAAAUGUCCGUAGUGCUAACUGUCCCCUCUCUCUAUUGGACUGAUUACAACGGUUUCCAAGUUAGUUUAUUUUUAAUCUGAGCCAGUUGGGGGACCCGGUGUAAAAGAAAUUUAUGUCCUCUGGGGGUUAUGGUCCCCUUUCCUUAUGGCCCUUACUGGCCCUGACUGUGUUUAAAUA